AGAGUUGCAACAGCCAGGAAAAGCUUUACAGCUGCAUCCCAGGAAGGUUUACUUAGAAGAAAUGGAUUGGCUGGAUCCUAUUUCUGUGUUGUUCCUACUUGCCCUCACACUUGCAUUCCUCUGGAAAAGGCACUAUUUCUGGAAGAGCAGUAGCAAAAAUCUCCCACCAGGACCACGGCCAUUACCACUCAUUGGAAACCUCCACCUCAUGGAUGUGAAGAGGCCUUACAGAACCAUGAUGAAGUUAUCGAAGGAGUAUGGUCCUGUUUUCAGCAUCCAAAUGGGAUUCCAGAAAAUGGUCGUUCUGUCGGGCUACAAGACUGUAAAGGAGGCUUUGGCGAACCAGGCAGAUGCCUUUGCGGACAGGCCCAUAGUUCCAGUGUUUGAAGACUUUCAACAUGGCCAUGGUAUUGUUGUUUCUAAUGGUGAGAACUGGAAAGUGAUGAGGCGGUUUGCACUAACCACAUUAAGGGACUACGGAAUGGGCAAGAAGACCAUAGAAGACAGAAUUGUCGAGGAGUGCCGUUUCCUAAUACAGAAGUUUGAAUCUUUUGAAGGAAAACCAUUUGAGACGACUACAAUCAUGAAUGCAGCUGCUGCCAAUAUUAUAGUGUCCAUAAUACUCGGCAAGCGAUACGAAUACGAAGACCCCACAUUUAUAAGAUUACUGAACUUGUUCGAUGAAAACAUACGGCUCAUGGGAAGUCCCUCAGUCCUGCUGUACAACAUGUUUCCUGCUCUGGGCUUUCUUUCUGGUGGGCGCAAGACUGUCCUUAAGAACAGGGAUGAAGUGCUCGACUUCAUACAGGCCACCUUCCUAGAACACCUCAAAGAACUCGACGUGAACGACCAGAGGAGCUUUAUCGAUGCUUUCCUAAUCCAACAGCAAGAGGAAAAGAACAGGAACCAGAGCAACGGAUUUUUUCAUAAUGAAAACCUAAAAGCUGUGGUGGUAGACUUAUUUGGCGCUGGCAUGGAGACCACUUCGACUACUUUGCGUUGGGGCCUGUUGCUGAUGAUGAAGUACCCUGAAAUUCAGAAGAAAGUGCAAGAAGAAAUAACAAAGGUCAUUGCGUCUGCUCAGCCACGGAUUGAGCACCUGGUUCACGAGGUCCAGAGGUUUGCUAAUAUUGUCCCCAUGAACGUGCCACAUGCCACCGCUGCAGACGUCACUCUUGGAGACUACUUCAUCCCAAAGGGAACCCAUAUCAUUCCGUUACUGUACUCUGUGCUGUAUGAUGAAUCUGAGUGGGAGAAACCGCUUAAAUUCUAUCCCGAGCACUUCCUUGACUCCGAAGGAAAGUUUGUCAAGAGGGAUGCCUUCCUGCCUUUCUCUGCAGGUCGGCGAAUGUGUGCUGGUGAGACCCUGGCCAAAAUGGAGCUCUUCCUCUUCUUUGUGACUCUCCUGCAGAGAUUCACUUUCCAGCCAGCCCCUGGGGUGUUGAGAGAAGACCUGGACCUGACCCCUGCAGUUGGGUUUACGGCGCCCCCAAAGGCCUACAAUUUAUGUGCUUUGCCACGAUCUUAACAUCCAACCAUGUUUUGCUUCCCUCCACACACCAUCCUCCUCUUCUGCACCUAACAAGGACACUUCAGAUUCAGCAUAACCUUCGUGUUUCAUAUACCUAUCUGCAGAACCCCUACAAGCUCGAUCAGAGACAUAACUUAGUUCAAAAUUUAGACUUCAAUUCUUCAAUUGUUGCUAUAUAAAGAAAACAACAACAAUGUUUCUGUAUCUGAUUUCUUGUAUUGUCUUUUA